CCCUGCUGCUACCCCAGCUGAUGGAACGUUUGUCCCGUCUCGCACACCGUAUCUCGCUGGUUGGCGUCCAUGGUGACAAGCAAAGCUGCGACAAAGGAAUUCAGAGAAAGUGAAUGAAGCCAGAAUCUCAUAUAUGUAUUCCAGUUGAGUCACCAAAGACCUGAAGUGUUUAACAGUAUGUCAUUCAGAGAUCUCAGGAGUUUUACGGAGAUGAUGAGGGCGUUGGGUUACCCACGACUCAUUUCCAUGGAAAAUUUCAGAACGCCAAACUUCACUUUGGUAGCAGAGAUCCUGACCUGGCUAGUGAAACGUUACGAACCACAGACAGAUAUCCCUACAGAUAUUGACACUGAACAGGACAGAGUGUUUUUUAUCAAAGCAGUGGCCCAGUUUAUGGCAACAAAGGCUCAUGUCAAGUUAAAUACUAAACGCUUGUAUCAGGCUGAUGGGUAUGCAGUUAAAGAGAUGUUGAAGAUAACCGUGGUGCUCUACAAUGCAAUGAAGACGAAAGGCAUGAGCCCAGCUGAGAAGGAACAUGAAGAAGGCAGCAAGUUCCAGUUUGACUUAGGCUCAAAGAUUGCAGAUUUAAAAGCAGCCAGAGAUCUGGCUUCCGAAAUCACUUCUAAAGGGGCCUCACUGUAUGACCUAUUGGGCAAGGAAGUAGAUUUAAGGGAAAUGAGAACAGCAGCAAUUGCUAGACCUCUUGAACUGAACGAAACGGAAAAAACCUUGAAAGCAGCGAUUAAAGAAGUUUUGGAGAAUGUACAGAAGACCAAGGACAUGCUGAGUAAUGUUGCUUCUGAUGAAGCAAAUCUUGAUGCUAAGAUUGAAAAGAAGAAAUCGGAAUUAGAGAGGAAUCACAAAAGACUACAAACAUUGCAGAGUGUCCGUCCAGCAUUUAUGGAUGAAUAUGAAAAAAGAGAAGAAGACCUCCAGAAACAGUAUGAAAGCUAUGUUGAAAAGUUUUGCAAUCUGGCCUUUUUAGAGCAGAAGCUAGAGGAUUAUCACCGGCUGGAACAGGAGAGAUUUGAGGAAACAGAGAACACUCUGCGUUUGAUGCAGAAUAAGCUGCGAGAGGAAGAGAAGCGCCUGAUGAAGAGUGGUGGUAAAGAAGAAGAUUCAGAUAUUGAAAUUCAAGAAGAUGAAGGCACAGACAGUGAAGUUGAUGAGGAGCGGCCAACUAAGCCUCGUCCCACAAGAGGCAUGAGUGUUCGAGCGAGAGGUGCUGCUCACAUAGUGGGGACCAUGCAAGGAGGGGACACUGAAGAUGAGUUGAAAUUGACAAAUGCCAGUUCUGCCAUAGGCAGUUCUCUACAAAAACAGGAUGAUUCAGAUGAAAGUGAUAUUGAUGUUGAUGAAGACGACGACGAUGAUGAAAUUGAUGAUCAAGAUGAUGAUAAUGAUAGUGUGGAUGCCCAGUUAUCCAAACCAUCCUGCCCUGUCCAUGGCUCUCGCAAAUCAGAAUUUCUAGAGGACAGUGACAAUGAUUUCUAAUUGCCUGCCUGAUUGACAUGGCUUUCUGAAGUCCACAUUAACGAAUUAAAUGUAAUUUGUAUAUGAAGACACAUGUAUAAUACUUGUUUGAAAAAUAUUAUUUACUAUAGCAAUUUUGUUGCUUGAAACUAUUUGUAUGAAUGAAGGCUAUGAGAAGUAAAUCUUUUCUGAUUUAUUGUUC